UGCACUUCUGUUUCUCAAAGCUUCUUGUUUUCUCUUUGUACACGUUCAAGUUUGAGGAGAAAUUUCCAUCAGGAGAUUAACAGAGCAUCGGUUUUUGGACGUUAGGAUGGAACAGACUUUGCUCUGCGUGCUGGGAUUAUUCUCACUGAAUCUUCUCUUGUACUGUGGACAAGCUGAAGCGUACAGACCUAAGGCAGUGAUUUUGGAAGGCAACAGUUCAACAGUGGGCGCUGUGAUGUUGACCUGCUCUGUGAGCCCAUCAACACCUGGCUGGGAAUAUUCCUGGUACAGUGGCACAAACGCCCAACCUCUGACUGCAGGGGGCGCCAUUUUCCACUCGAAUGACAGAAUCAGUGUCUCACAGGAAGGACUUUACUGGUGCGCAGGAGGACGAGGAACUCCACGUUACUACACCAAGCAGAGUGACACAUUUGUUGCAAUCACACCUGUUGUGAAGCUGAACCACAACUGGCCUGAGGUUUUCUACGGAGAGAAGACCAGGCUCACGUGUGAGAUGAAGGGUGGAGAAAACGUCAUAUGGGAGUAUGAGUGGAUGAAACAGCAAGUUGAUCUUCCAGAAAAUAAAACGGAACAUGAAGUUGUCAAUGCUACAACAUCAUCAGACUACAUGUGUAGGGCCAGAAGUACAUAUGGCCAAACGCGGUGGAGUAAAGCUUUCACACUGACAGUAAUUGGUUCACCUAAACUCUCUGUGUCGUCAUUGUGGCCAAAUCCCGGAGCGUCAGUUAAUCUGAACUGUGCUGCUGAACAUCCAUCUGCAGGCUGGAGGUUCUACUGGUACAAGCUUAUUCCUGAUAAAGCAGACUUCUAUGACUAUGAGCUGCUCCCUGGAAGCACAAACGGGACCACACAGGAUUCCUAUGUCGUCUAUAAUCACACAAAUACAGCAGGGUAUACAUGCAGAGCAGGAAGAGGAGACCCAGUGAAUUACACAUUUUACAGUAAUCCCAAAUUUGUCUGGUCCAGAGAGUUUCAGUCACCACCGUCUCUCAGAGUGAGUCCUGACAAAGUUCAACACUUCAAGUCAGACUCUGUGUCACUGACCUGUGAGGGAAACUCGUCCACACAGUGGACAGUGGUGAAGUUUAAAGACGGUUUUAUGAGUCAGCGAUGCUCCAGCUUUGGGACACUGAAUGGAUCAACAUGCAUCACUAAGUUAAAUGAGCAACAUGCAGUGUACUGGUGCGAGUCUAAGUCAGGACAAUUCAGCAGCGCUGUCAACAUCAGUACAUCACUCAAAGGUAUUCUACUUGAGAGUCCGGCACAUCCUGUGGCUGAAGGAGCAGCUGUUACUCUUCGCUGCAAGCUGAAGACGGGGAACUUUGUUGCUAAUGUUGUCUUCUAUCAAAACGACAAAGUCGUCCAGAAUGACACGAGAUGGGAGCUGACGAUCCCUGCGGUGUCAGAGUCACAUGAAGGCUUUUACAGAUGUGAAGGAAAAUAUUCUCAGCAGACUCUGACUUCACCACAGAGUUGGAUUUCAGUCAAAUCAUGGUCCAAACCAGAAAGUUCUCCAGGUCAUUUGCCUCUGAUUGGUGGAUUGGUUUGUGGAGUUUUAGUAAUAAUUCCUCUGCUGCUGUUUUUUUGCUACAGAAAGUCUAAAGACUCAAAUGGUAACAGUCAGACAUUUGCCACAGACCAAACUGUCAAUCAAGGUGAAAAUCAACAGCAGGUGUACUCGACUCUUCUUCACGGUGACGUUUGUAUCUAUGAAACAGUUGGAGGCUCUGGAAACACUGGGACUGGACGCCAACAUCAUAAAGGGGAGGAGCUUGACUGCAACUAUGAAAAUCUAGAUUCAGGUGCAUGUAGAAAUAUUAGCAUGGAUAGGCAAAUCAGCAAUUAGCCAAAUUGACCAGAUGACGCUCAACGUUAACCAUAAAAGACCUCCAUGAACAAUUUUCUUUUUUAAUGUCAGCCGGGAUUGGCUUGGUACUCAGUGUAAAAUUAACCACUGCAUGUUUGUGGAGUGCGGGAUGAAACUGGAGAACCCAUAAAGAACCCAAACACACACAGGGAGAACAUGCAAAGUCCACACAGACAAAGGCCCUCAGUUGAACCAGGAAUCGAACCUACGACCUUCUUGACCUACUCUACCGUGUGGACCCUCUGUUGGUCUGUAGGUCAUCACUGGAACAAGGCUCCUGAUGUACAAAGCUUGUUGAUUAAUUAUUUCAUUAUCAUCUCAUCUUUUUCUUUUAAUAAAAAUCUU